AACUGUUUACGUAGUGAUGGACCUUACGUUGGCGCAUACAUAUUUUCUCAAUUUGAGACGGAACAUCGCAAAUCGACUGCAUGCGAUAUUUUUCAGUGUUAGUAAUGGUUCCAUUUCUAACUGAUACAAAAUUUGUGCUUGGUGGAACAGAGCCAUUUGUUAAAAUAAUAUGUGUGAACAUAAAAUUUUUUGAAAAAAAAACUAGACCAGGCAUAUUGAAAAUGUACCAAAAUGAAAAAAAGUGAUCCAAUGUACCAACGCAUAAAAAAUGUACCAGUUUUGGUACAUUUGUACCGUUUUGGUACAUUUGUACCAAAAAUGGCAACCGUGCUGCUACCAUCUAGCCCUGCUGCUGAAACAGAAGAUCACAGAGUUCCAGGCAUGGAUGGAGCGGGUUAUCCUGCAUAUCGAGACCGUGGAAUACAACGCCAACAUUGAGACGCUGAUUCUCAAAUUGACGCAAAUCGAACUACCACCCGUCAUGUCAGGGAUGCCUUACCGCACCCUUAAGAUGGGGGCCUUGGAGUUGGCUCAGCUACUACAGUUCCAUGAAAUUGAUCUGUGCAAACCAGCAGUACUGACUCGCAUUCUGUCCGUGAUAGAGAAACACAAGGCGGUUGCAAAUGAAGCAGCUUUAGAGGCAGCACUAGCUCAAGGUGCCAGCAACCGACGCAACCGAGGAUCGCGCAUCUCAGCAGCUACUGAUUUUAGGCAAAUGAAGCUGAUGGCGCAUAUGAUCACCCUCCAGUUGGGCUGAAUUCUCUGGCUCUUAGCGCUCCGGCAACUCGGAAUCCCAUUUUGGUAGUAGUGAUUCGAACUAUUCUUCGUCCCACUACAGUGGGCGCUCAAGGGGACGUGGCUUGCGGAUUAGCAACAUUGUGUCGGCCCAGAUCAAGCAACUCUUCACGGCCGUGGCCUAGAACGCCAUUUGUAGCUUCGAUGUCACCUGCCUGGGAUCACUACCGCUGAAAGACAAGGUGACGAGCCUGCAGUGUUUGCAGGAGCCACUGCGUCAGCUCUAUCUGUCGGAGUUGGCCAAUAAGAAACUCUUCUUCGGCUCUUUGGAAAUCUGUGCCACGGGACUACGGCUAAAGGUCAGUGCUACGGUCAUCUCGAAAGGAGCCAGUCCCGACGGAGCGGAGGAGAAUGAGGCCCAUUAUUACGCCCUUCCACAAAAUUGCCGUGUGGUCACCUUGGUCAGAAUUAAACUCUUGUAAACUCUUGAAUCACAUCAUCAAGAGGGACUUCCCGGGACUAUGACCCCAGGUGGUGGACAACAUCAGCUAUCUAUCUGCAGAAUCAUGAUGUCAACGGCUGGAAUGGCGCCCUGAUGACCACCCCCUCGAAAAUCUCACUCCCAUUCCCGGAGAGCAAUGAUAGGGAAUUUAUAAGAUGUUCCCGGGACAAGGACUCGAGGGAUUGGUCACGAUCACCCGAAUACUCAAUCCCAUCGGUCCCGAAGGAAGCGAUCGGAACGCUCUCGCUCGCAGAGUUUCCAGCUUCCCCGCCUGCCAGCUUCAAUUAAUUCACCUACGCGACCACGCUCUCCUGAUACCAUGGACUACGACGAUGAAGACUCGCGCUUCCACUAUAAAAUGCAAGCCUCUCACUACAGGCACUGCAGUUCUACGAAGGUUCUACAAAACUACAAGCGACGCAACUUUGUGCUGCAACAGUUCUUCAGCAACGAUGAAAUGCAUCUGCGACAGGCGGCCCAUGUUGUGCAAAUCGCUCUAAGCUUCCAAGCGGCCUGCAUGCAGCCACAGCCCGCUUUUAAGAUUCGAAAUAUAAAGCUGGGUGCUCGGAUGGCAGAGCCCAGAGGCUGCAGUGAGGAGCUGUUUCAGCAUUCGAGGCGGUCUUCAAGCUGUACUAUGAACCCUUCAUAGCCUUCUCCAUAAAGCUUCAGCUUCUCAAAGCCGUGUAUGCUCUGCUGGACAACCGCCUGGGAAUUGCGCAUUUUCUGAAAGCGCCAACGAAUGGAUACGAAGCGGUAAUAGAGGCCCUGAAGACUGCCAAGUUAACGCGGUCGAAGUACGCCCUGCAAGCCAUCAUCAAGAAGAUGCAUCUGUUGGAAACCCUGGGGACUGUGCACCAUUGCUGUCGAAGGCUAUUUUUGGAGAGGAAUCCAGAAAAGAGCAAAGACGCCGAGUUCAAAACGGAGACAGUGAUCCUCUGCAAGAAGAUAGAGUACUCAUUCCAGGCGCUUUCUACUCGUGUCUAAGAAAUUCGAGGUGGUCACCGAUUCCAUGGCCCAACGGAGCUUCGCCAAUGCCUUGCAGUCCUUCUUGAGGCACCACGCUCUGGCGGAAUCCCUACUGUUGACACGCUCGCAUUUCUCUCCAACCCCGCCCGCUCCAAUAUGCCCGCCCCAAAUACAA